AUGUCGACGGACGCGACGCAAGGCGCUGUUGUCACCCAAGAGGCUGCUACUGCGCAAGAGCAUGUCGAGAUGGAGCGCCUCGAAGUGCGAUGGAUGCAUACGGGCGCCAAGCAUCUGUCGCUGCCAAUAGCGCCGAUCACGGCUGUCGAGACAGCGUACAAGGCGUUCUCGAUGGACGAGAGUAACCGCAUUGAGAUCGAGUGGGAGAAGCUUUCCGAAAGGCAGCAGGCCAAGAUCAUUCGCCAAUGGGGAAGCGGCGACGGAGAGUGGAGCCCAAAGGAGCGUUCGCUGGACAUCAGGCCCAAGAAGGUCGGCCAAAAAGCGGUAAAGGACGCAGAUGAGGCCGAUGACCAUGUCUCUGAGGCGCCCUCUCCCCAGUCUUCCGCGGACAAAGCCGAGGUGUACAAGUCAAUCAUCGAGCGCGCGCGCACUGACCCAACCAAACUCGACGUGGUGCAUGGCGUACCCGUGGCGCAGGACUCACUCUUUGAAGUUGACCUCGACACGCUGUCCCUGCAUCCCGUCUUCUGGCCGCAGAGCGGACCACGUGUACCGGUCCUCCGCGGAACGUGGUAUGUCGAGAACGAGAAGCGGCCAUGUUCGUGGGACCUCGCGAUCGAGCUUGAGAAGGCGUACCAGAAAGUCAAGCCGUGGCAACCGGCGUACAAGGAGGAAUUGUACGCUGCGCGUAUCCUCGCGUCCAACGGGGACGAAAAGCUCAAGUACGAGCUGCCGAAUCGGUUUGGUGAAGGUAUCGGCAUCGUAUUCGAGGAUGCGGUGCGCGGCCGGCUGGUCACUUCGGGGGCGCUGAACGUGCUCUCGCGUGCGAUCUGGUUGUCAUUCGGCGAGGCCACUGGCUCGUACGUGUAUCGUGGAUACACGGCUGCCGAGGCCGCUCAAGCACCCGUCCCCAUGGCAGCCCUGGCACCAGUGGAGGAAGACAGCGGGCCGCCCGAAGCCAUUGCCAAGUCGCUCGCCAAGUCCGGCCACUCGACACCCGACCGUGAAGACGUUGAUUCGGCGACCGACAAAAACAAGAAUGACAAGUGGCCGAAAUCUGCUGGCGAGUUCUUCGCGCGCGCCAAGAAGGAGAUCGAGACUCGGCAAAAGUCAAUUGAGGAACAGAAUGUGCCGGUCACUCGCUCACACAACGACGACGAGCCGUGUACCGACCUGGUGCUGGUCAUCCACGGGAUUGGGCAGCACUUGGCCACGCAGUACGAGUCGCUCAACUUUAUCUACGCCGCCAACCAGUUCCGGCAGGUGUUGCGGAAGCAGUCGGACGAUCCGUCAAUUUCGUCUGUGGCGGACAACCGCCGCUGCCAGGUAUUGCCGGUGCAGUGGCGCACCAACCUCAACAUUGAGAGCGGGAGCUCGGAGGAGGAUGCCGCAAAGGAGGAAAGCAACACGUUCACAUUUGCUGACAUUACUAUCGGCAAGAGCAUCCCGUACGUGCGCGAGGUCACCAACUCGGUUCUCCUUGACAUCCCGCUGUUCAUGUCCGACCACCGGCUCAAAAUGAUCGAGGCCGUCUGUCAGCAGGCGAACAAGCUGUAUCGCAUGUGGGUUGCGCGCCACCCUGACUUCGAGAAGCACGGGCACGAGGCAGAGCUCCACCAAGGCAACUUUGGGUGCAUGGCUGUCGAUUCGGUGUACAACAUCUUCUACUACACCGACCCGGUGGCGUACGCCCUAAACGCGACGGUCGACGUACGUGUCGGCAAGAAGCGCCCGCCCCUGGCUAUUCCGUCCGUCACGGGCUCGUUCUUCCCGACCGUUGCACUCCCGUCUAUGCCCGCUCUUCCCUCAAUGUCUGGUGUGACCAAAUACCUCCCCUUUGGUGGCGUAUCCAAGUCCGAGUCCAAGCCGAAGAAGGACCUCAAACAGGUGGAGCUCAGUGAAGAUGAACGGCUGGCCGGGACCCGGGGUGAGCGGCGCUUUUCUGCUCUCAACCCACGUGGUAGCGUCGACUUCUUCCUCCCCUCGAGUGGUGUCAACGACUAUGUCGAUAUGCUUACAGCCCACUUGAACUAUUGGGCCGACCCGAACUUUAGCGCGUUCAUUCUCAAUGAGAGUUUUACGACACCCGAGAAUGACACGCAGACAGGCAAAGCGUCUGACGGGCAAUAG